CUCUCUGUGUCUCCCACUGUCUCUGUGUCUAUCCCUGCUGUACCUGCUGUCUGGGUUGCAGUUUGAGGGGAUUUUCCUAAGCAGUGCCCCACAGGUUUCUAUAAAUCAAGAAGAAACCUGUGUGUGCAUUUGGUUGGAAGAGUGAAAGAUGAGCAAACUCCUUUCUGUAAAGUUGAGUGAUGGAUAUUUAAUGCCUGCACUGGGAUUGGGCACCUCUGCUUCUAAUAAGGUUGCCAAGAGUACAAUAAAAGAGGCUGUUCAGAGAGCGAUUGAUGUAGGCUACCGCCAUAUUGACUCUGCAUUUCUUUACCAAAAUGAAGAAGAGAUUGGAUCUGCCAUCCGGAAGAAGAUUGCUGACGGCACUGUGAAAAGGGAUGACAUAUUUUAUACUUCAAAGCUGUGGAGCACCUUUUGCCGUCCAGAAUUGGUUCAAGUAGGCCUGGAAAGAUCACUGAAGAGCCUUCAGUUGAGCUAUGUAGACCUUUACCUUAUUCACUUCCCAGUACCUCUGAAGCCCGGAGAGGAGAUUUUCCCAAAGGAUUCGCAGGGGAAACUGAUUUUUGAUGCCGUGAAUCUCUGUAGCACAUGGGAGGCCAUGGAGAAGUGUAAGGAUGCGGGGUUGGCCAAGUCCAUUGGAGUGUCCAACUUUAACCGCAGGCAGCUGGAGAUGAUCCUGAACAUGCCAGGACUCAAGCAUAGGCCAGUCUGUAACCAGGUGGAAUGUCAUCCUUACCUCAACCAAAGUAAGCUUCUGGAGUUCUGCAAGGUCAGAGACAUUGUCAUGGUUGCAUAUGCUGCCUUGGGUUCCAACACAGACAAGGAAUGGGUAAACAAGAACAACCCAGUUCUUUUAGAAGACCCAGUACUCAAUAGUAUUGCUCAAAAGCACAGGCGAACCCCAGCCCAGGUGGCCUUGCGCUACCAGUUGCAGCGAGGGUUAUUGGUUCUUGCUAAGAGCUUCAAUGAGAAGAGAAUGCAAGAGAACUUCCAGGUUUUUGACUUCCAGCUGACGCCAGAGGAUAUGCAAACUCUUGAUGGUCUAAACAGAAAUAUCCGCUAUUUUGAAGAUUCUGAGUUUUCUCCUCACCCCAAUUAUCCAUUUUCUGAUGAGGAAUGAACAAAACAUUCUAUGGGUGCUUCAAAGUUCUUUGACUUUAGUUGGUGAGCAGAGAACAACUCAAGAAUAUGAAGCAAGCUGUUUUACUCCAUGCUGCUAAGUCAGCUUAAUUCUGCUGAGUUCCUGUAUGAGGAAAUAAAAGUUUCAGAAUCUCAUAUUUUUCUCCAAAUAAAGAUGUAUUCUAAACAAUUC